UAGAGGAGGGACCAAAGGAAAGUGGAGGGGAGAUUUCGUUAGAGGAUUCUUCACUCGCUCUUUGGGUUUGACCAGCUCAACCCUCUUCUCCUUCCUCUCUUCUUCUUCUUCUUCAUUUUUUUUUUUGUUUAUAUUAAAUCAUUCAUCCACCAUCUCUCUCUCAAUCCCAAAUCUAUGCUGCUCUCUCUGGGAUCUUAUCUUAGCAUCAAAAAAGACAAAUGGGUGUGUGUUUCUCGGCAAUUAGAGUGACCGGUGCCAGCAGUAGUAGACAGACCAACAACAACAAUAAGAAGGCAUGUAAGAAGACUCAGGAGAAUAAGCCCGCAACCAACACGAACACGAACACGAAGCGGAGAACAACGACGGGGUCAGUCCCUUGCGGGAAGCGUACAGAAUUUGGAUACGCGAAAGAUUUCCACGAGAGAUAUAGCAUAGGGAAGUUGCUGGGUCACGGUCAAUUCGGGUAUACCUAUGUUGCCAUCGACAAGGUCAAUGGCGAUCGUGUCGCCGUUAAGAGACUCGAUAAGACUAAGAUGGUUCUGCCAAUAGCGGUGGAGGACGUGAAGAGAGAAGUAGAGAUACUAAAAGCACUUUCAGGGCACGAGAACGUUGUUCAGUUUUACAAUGCCUUUGAUGAUGACGACUACGUCUACAUUGUUAUGGAGUUGUGCGAGGGAGGCGAAUUGCUGGAUCGGAUUUUAUCCAAGAAAGAUAGUCGUUACUCCGAGAAAGAUGCAGCCGUUGUCGUCCGACAGAUGCUCAAAGUCGCUGGCGAGUGUCAUCUCCACGGUCUUGUUCAUCGUGAUAUGAAACCUGAGAAUUUUUUGUUCAAAUCAGCUCAACCUGAUUCCCCUCUUAAGGCUACAGAUUUUGGUUUAUCCGAUUUUAUCAAACCAGGGAAAAGGUUCCAUGACAUAGUUGGGAGCGCCUAUUAUGUAGCUCCCGAAGUACUAAAGCGCAGAUCAGGCCCUGAAUCUGAUGUCUGGAGCAUUGGUGUUAUCACCUAUAUUUUACUCUGUGGAAGGCGCCCUUUCUGGGAUAGGACUGAGGACGGUAUUUUCAAAGAGGUCCUAAGGAACAAACCUGACUUCCGCCGCAAACCUUGGUCUACUAUUAGUGACAGCGCCAAAGAUUUUGUUAAAAAGUUGCUUGUUAAAGACCCUCGUGCACGCCUCACUGCUGCUCAAGCCCUUUCACAUGCGUGGGUUAGAGAAGGAGGGAACGCCACUGAUAUCCCUGUCGACAUUUCUGUUCUCAACAACUUGCGUCAGUUUGUUAGAUACAGCCGUCUUAAGCAGUUUGCUUUACGGGCGCUUGCUAGCACACUCGACGAGGCAGAGAUUUCUGACCUCAGAGAUCAGUUUGAUGCAAUUGAUGUGGAUAAAAACGGUGUCAUUAGUCUCGAGGAAAUGAGACAGGCACUUGCCAAAGACCUUCCUUGGAAACUGAAGGAUUCACGAGUUGCUGAGAUCCUUCAAGCGAUUGAUAGCAACACUGAUGGGUUAGUGGACUUCACAGAGUUUGUAGCAGCUGCUCUACAUGUUCAUCAGCUGGAAGAACAUGAUUCAGAGAAAUGGCAGUUAAGAUCUAGAGCAGCUUUUGAGAAAUUCGACAUUGACAAAGAUGGGUACAUAACGCCGGAGGAGCUUCGAAUGCACACGGGAUUAAGAGGCUCAAUAGAUCCACUUCUGGAUGAAGCAGACAUAGACAGAGACGGGAAGAUAAGCCUGCAUGAGUUCAGGAGACUUCUAAGAACAGCGAGCAUAAGUUCGCAGAGAGUUUUAAGCCCUGCCGGCCACAGGAACCCUCGGUAGUUUUAAAUGGUAUUUUUUUAAGUAGAAGAAGAGGAAGAAGAGGAGAAAGAAGACAUGGCAGUGUAAUUUGUUGUUGGAUGUGAAUCACAUCAUGUGAUAUUGUGUUUAUAUGUAAUGUUGGUUGUACAAUAAGUGGGUUUUUUUGGGGGGGGGGGGGGGGGGAGGUUGUAAAAGUGGUAAGUGAGUGAAGCAACAAAACCAGAGAAAUGGUGUUGGCCUCUUGGGUGAUUCCUUGAAAAACAUCAGGAGAAUUCUUUUGGGUCAUCACCAGGGGAAGGAGGUUAUGGAAGGCCACACCGAGUGGACCAGAUCCAAUUUUAAUGGGUUGGGGUACAAAAAGAAAGAUAGAUUCCAGCUGUAACUUGAUUCUCUUGUAAUAUUAUUGUGGGUGUGAGCACCAUACAGACUUUUUCUAUUA